GUACUGCUUGCAGGACCUCAGUUCCCUGACCAGGAAUUGAACCUGGGCCAUGGCAGUGAAAGCCUGGAAUUCCAACCACUGGGCCACCAGGGAACUCCCAGAAUCACUCUUUUCUUAGUCUGCUGUUUCGUCUCCUUUUACCCAUAACUCUAUAGCACUCGUCACAUUUUAUUUGUUAUUUGUUGUCUGUCUUCCCAGCUAAGCAGAGACCAUAUCUUUUCGUUUUUGUAUCUGCAGCUUCUGGGACAGUACUGGCACAUAGUAAGGCUACAUUGAGAGAAGUAAACUGAAUACAGUUUAGCCGAGUCUGAGCCAGAUCCGGAAAGACCUUAAGUGCCAGGCUAAGGAGUUAAAACUUUACCCUGAGGUUGGUGAGGAGCCAUGGAAGAUUUUUAAGCAGGGUGUAACGUGAUCUUGUUGUAGGUUCUUCCAGUGUCAAGUGCUCUUGGCAAUACCAGGAGGGGCAUUAGGUUCCGUUCUAGCCUGAUGUGUGAGGGCUGGGACUGACCGUAUUUUCACCCUCCUCUGAAACUCUGCUGCUGUGUUUGCCAUCCCUGUGUUCUGACUUACUUAAAUGCUCCUUGACUUCAAGUUUUACUGUAUCGUGGGUUUGUCUCAUCUCCCCAGUGAGAGGAGAAGCCUCCCACUUUUCUGUGCGCAGUGCUCACAAUGCUCCCUUGCUUCACACACUCUUCUCCCUAACAUGAAGUGAAGCAUGUAGUAGGUAUUUCAGCAAGUGCUUGUUCAAUUGAAAUUGAAUAGAACUCUCUGGGGAUAUAAAAUUUAGCACAACUAAAAAAAAAAAAAUAGUACAGCUAAUCCCUAGAGUGAAUCAUCUAUCUACAUGUGGCCCAAUGGAAAUGAGGGUGAGUCUACAUAGUUCAGCUGUAUAGAUUAUUCAGCAAUAUAUUAUCUGUUAGAAAUUUCCUGCUGUUGGGUUGUAUAAUGGAGAAUAGAGAUGAACUGAGAACUAAAAACUGACCAACUUACAACUGUUCAAACUAUGCCACACUUUUGAGUUACACAGAAAAUUAAUAGUGAACAGCUCUUGUUAGAAUAAUUCAUCAUGGCUAAGAGGCAGUUGACCCCUCGAAAGUGGGUGUUUUAGUCUUUCCUAGUUCUCCCAGUAACAAGCUCUGACCAUGGCAUAGAGUCUGGAUUUUAGCCUAACCCAGAUUCAAUCAGUAGCAGAUACUGGAACCUUUUAGUAUAAAAUCAUACUCUUCGGGCCAGUGGUAAGUUUUUUCUAGGAUGAAGGUAUAAGCUAGAAAAGGAAGAAUUGCAUAAGAGCCAUGAACUUCUUUAAAUCUCAGAGCCAGACUUAAUAUGCCAGGAAAAAGGAAGUGGCACAGCUACCAUGAAUUGUUUCUGUUGGCAGGGAGACAAGAAGUGGAAUGGUUGCCUCUGUAGGCAUCCACUUAACAAUCAGGUUGUCUUGUGAGCACUCCCUGGAAAGGUAACUGCAGGGUUGUUUUGUGUAUGUCUGUGGUGGUUUAGCCAGUGCUGGGCAUCUCAGACCUGGAUGCUGGAAAUUUUAAGCAUACGAUUUGAUCAAUUUUGACAAAUGUAUGUACUGAUGGAAUCAUCACCCUAAACAACACAUAGAACAUUUCUAACACCCUGGAAUUUGCAGCUUAUCUGUCCCUUUACAGUCAACCACACGACUGCCCAACCCAGGCUAUGUUUUACUGGAUUCUCUCACUAUAGAUUCUAGAAUUUCGUAUAAAUGGAAUCAUAUAAGAUGUACUUUUAUAUCUGUGCCAGUCAGUUUUGCCAGCAGUUUAUUGAGGCUCUUGCACCACUGCCAACUUAACACUACCACCCUACGGCCCCUCCCCAUACACAUAUUCUUCGUUUCCCCAGGAGUAAAUUGGGUUUUUCACCAGCUCUAGGAAGGAAUGGUUUCCCCCGCCCAGUUGCUGCAUUAAUGUGAACUUCCUCCAUCCUCUGACAUUUCUAAAUAAAAAAGCUUUGGAACAUGAAAGGGGCAGCAAAUUAAAUGGUAUUUCCCCCCAUUUAUGCUCCUGGAGGAGUCCUAAUGACUAGGUUAUUCCCUCACUGCCGCAUGGGGCCUCAUUGAGAUAAUAGGAUUUGCAAGGAAAGUAUCCGGGAGACCCAAGAUUGUACUCCCCCUGCCCCCUAUCCAUUAAGUCAGGACUAAGGUUUCCUCUCUAAAUCCUGAAUGCAUUAGUGCAACUGGGUUGAGGGUCAAAUGUCAAAUACUCUGCUGUGAUGGGAGAGGACAUCUGUGGCUAAUUAGGCCACUAAUUGGCUAAACGGGUGGGGAAGGGCAGGAGCUGCCUUCUCAGCUCUGCACCAGUGGGAGGCCAGUUCCCUGUGCAGCCUGCGGCUCUCUGAAGGGAAUGAAAGACAAUGAGAAGGUUUGUUUGCAGUGGGGGCAAGGCACCCCUCCCAUGUCGCCCCCAGUUCUGCCCAAGGCAGGACGUGGCUUUAGGAACUGGCCUGAUGAAAGCAGUUAAUUAGAAGAGUAAGAGUGAGCCAGUAGCCAGAUGUCUACCUCUUCUGCUCACUUUAAAUUUAAUUCUUUACUUUGGAGGUAAGACUUAUACACCCAUGUAAACCCACCCAGCCUUUUUCUUGCCCCAGGCUGCUGUCUUGAGUGACCUUUAAUUUGUAUGAAGAUGUUCAAAGGCCUCAGUGAACACUCAACGUAUGUUGGGUGAUAUUUAUUCACUGAUCCAUUUUUUUUCCAUUUGAUAAAUACUUACAUAGUACCCACUAUAUGCAAAUCAUGGUGCCAAGUAGCUUGUGUGGAGCCUCCAAGGGUCAGGUGGAUGAUCUUUGCGUAAAAGGAUCAGUGAUAUGAUCUUGCCUACUUAUAGUCAAAUAGGCUUGUGAGGUUUAUGAGCAUUAAAUACAAUGUGAGGGAGGCUGUGAGAUGGCCAGAAGAGGGAUACAAACAAAGCUUCAGGAAUUCUGAGAUGGGAAAGAACUUUUAUAGUCUGGAGAAUCAUGAAAAGCUUCAUAGAGGAGGUGGGCCUUAUCAGGUAGGGAGAGUUACAAUAGAUAGAGAUGAAGUUGGGAACAUAUUAAAUAUUUGAAGAGAAGAACAGAAAGACAAGAAGGGAAUCCGCGGACAUGUCUUUGAUCAAUGAGCUGAGCAAUGUUCCUGUCCCUGUCAUGCUAAUGCCAGAUGACUUCAAAGCCUACAGCAAGAUCAAGGUGGACAAUCAUCUCUUCAAUAAAGAGAACCUCCCCAGCCGCUUCAAGUUUAAGGAGUACUGCCCCAUGGUGUUCCGAAAUCUCCGGGAGAGGUUUGGGAUUGACGAUCAGGAUUACCAGAAUUCAGUGACACGCAGCGCCCCCAUCAACAGUGACAGCCAGGGCCGGUGUGGCACACGUUUCCUCACUACCUAUGACCGGCGCUUUGUGAUCAAGACUGUUUCAAGUGAGGAUGUGGCUGAGAUGCACAACAUCUUAAAGAAAUACCACCAGUUUAUAGUGGAGUGUCACGGCAAUACCCUUUUGCCACAGUUCCUGGGCAUGUACCGCCUGACCGUGGAUGGUGUGGAAACCUACAUGGUGGUCACCAGGAACGUGUUCAGCCAUCGGCUCACUGUACAUCGCAAGUACGACCUCAAGGGUUCUACUGUUGCCAGAGAAGCAAGUGACAAGGAGAAGGCCAAGGACUUGCCAACCUUCAAAGACAAUGACUUCCUGAACGAAGGGCAGAAGCUGCACGUAGGAGAAGAGAGUAAAAAGAAUUUCCUGGAAAAACUGAAACGGGACGUAGAGUUCCUGGCCCAGCUGAAGAUCAUGGACUACAGCCUGCUGGUGGGCAUCCACGACGUGGACCGGGCAGAGCAGGAGGAGAUGGAAGUGGAGGAGCGGGCCGAGGAUGAGGAGUGUGAGAACGAUGGGAUGGGCGGCGGCCUGCUCUGCUCCUACGGCACGCCUCCAGACAGCCCGGGCAACCUCCUCAGCUUUCCCCGGUUCUUUGGACCUGGGGAAUUUGACCCCUCUGUUGACGUCUAUGCCAUGAAGAGCCAUGAAAGUGCCCCCAAGAAGGAGGUGUAUUUCAUGGCCAUCAUUGAUAUCCUCACGCCAUAUGACGCUAAGAAGAAAGCUGCACACGCUGCCAAAACAGUGAAACAUGGGGCGGGGGCCGAGAUCUCGACUGUGAACCCUGAGCAGUACUCCAAGCGCUUCAAUGAGUUCAUGUCCAACAUCCUGACGUAGUUAUCUUCUACCUUCAGCCAGAGCCAGAGUGCUGGAUGUGGGGUCGGGGACUGGAAGAGAGAGAAGGUGUUAUCUGGGCUAGAUGGGAGGGCGGGGAGCAGAGUGGGGGUCGGGGAGGGCUUUAGCAACGUGACUGCAGCCUGUGACUGAGAGAGACUCUAGCAGGAGGGGAGGGGAUGUACCAUGCAUGCGUGUGCUCACAGGAUGUAGCCUCAUCUGCUUACCCUUGAUUUCCCCCCAUUUGACCUAGGUUAAAAAGGUGUUUCCUUUUUGUUACCUUGUAACGUUUUAGGAUACCUUGGGGCUAGAGAUGAUUUUCUGGGUUUCUUUGGGUUUUGUUUCUGAAAUUUCAUUGCUUCAGAUUUGCUAUUUAUAAUGAUUUAUGUCAUCACCCUACCCACCAUCCCCGUCCCCGCUCUGCUCUCAGUUCCCUCAAUUAAAGAAGCACCCACAGGCCCAGCGAAGGGUCCUCUCAGAGCAAAAUGCUCUGGUGCCAGAGGAGAAGAGGUUAGACACCUCGGCCCUGCUGCAUUUGAUCUUGUCUGGUUAACUUUUAAUUUCAUGGAGUAUUGUGCACAGCUUCCUCUACCUUUUUGGCCUCAGCUCCAAGUGAAAUGUUACCUAGUUCCUCCAUCUAAAUGCUCUCCCUCCCAAAGGCAUGCUCCAGGUCAACAUCAGGCAUCUUGGAGCAGAAUCAAAGAUCUCAGAGGGGAAUGAGUUCAUCCUCACGGGAUGGUCAGGGGUGGGGGACCACUGGUUCUCAAGAACCCCAUGAUCAUCAUCCAAGCCCCGGGCUUUUCACAGCUCCUGGAGUGUAGACAUCAUCUCUAUGAAUGAAGCCUGUCUCCCACUGAGUCAAGAGGAACUAGAAAGCACCUCUGGAUAUAACAGGACCCUCAUGCUUACAUGGUUAUUUCCCCUUGAGAAAACUCCAGAAAAGCUGAUGAGUAUCAAAUGAGGUCUUGUGCCCUCCAUCCAUUUACUUUCUUCCUUCAGAUCUUCUCCCAGGCAUUCUUAUUUGUAGGUGAGCUUUUAGCUGGGGACAGGUCUCCAUGUGCCUAGGGCGCUCCUUACAGAGAUACCUCUUCAAGCCCCAGGGCUUCCAUGCAGUAAUGUGUCACCUGGAUGGUUGUGGCCAGCAGGAAUGGUGUACCCCACCCUCCCCUUUGGAGUGUGCCACGCAAGCCUGAGGUUGCUUCUGAGUCACUUGAGGAUCUGGCCUGGGAAAUACAAUUUGGAGGCCUGAUGUGCAAUUCAACCUGGCCCAACCUUGGAACUGUGUUUCCUUGAUGCACCCUCUAGACUUUUUGCAUAUCUGCCACCACAGGCCUCCUCAGGAGUGGCAUCUGGCUGCUUCCUUCAGGAUCUCUACCACCUUCUGAGCCUGCUACUGAGGCCUCAGAACUGCGUCCUUCUGUGAGGCCAUCAGAGCAGUCUGGCCUGGUCAGGAGAGAAAACAACCCUGUGCUGGGGGAGGAACAUUCCUGAGUCUUCUCACCUCCUCACCAGGAACUGGGGACUUGGGAUGAGAUGUGUUAAAACUUGUAGAUAACUCUGCAAAUGGAAAGAAAGUUUGUGGAACCAUUUUGAAUGGAUGGAUUGGUUUCUUUGGCUUUCUUCAACCUGGCCAAGCUCAGCUUCUAAAGCAGGAACCAGCAACAUCUCUGUGCCCGAUGCAGAGCAUUUAGGUCAGGGGGGAAUAGAGACCACAUUCUUGGACUACUGGGCUAUCAGAACCCUUCCAGAGAGGCAAACGAGCCAGACAACUGCCCUGGCCCCCCGAAAGGGGCUGUAGGUAUCUCUGGAUGUCAGCGGCAAGACUGCAAAGUGACUUGGGGAAGAACUUGUACCAAGUGGCUCAUGGAGAAAACAGGUUUGACUUAGGGAGAGAUUAGUAGGAAUAAUGUUUGGACUUGAUUUCCCCACCUUCUAAUCAAGAAUGAAAAUUUGAAUCUGCUCCGGGUCGGGCCCAGCAACUCCUGAGCUUGGCAGGCUGUCCUCUCGGGGCCUCCACAGCCCUGGGCUGUCUCCAGCUUCCUGCCAUUUGGUCUGCUGAUCAUGUCCCCGGUAAUGUGUAUGAAAAGUGUAACCAAUUGUUCCCAGUUAAAGGUGAGCUACGAGAUAUCUGACUUCUUUAACAUUGAGUUUUUGUGGGGUGUGUGGUUUUUGUUUUUUUUUUGUAUAUUGUUUACAUUUUGAGAGGUAGCAUUCUGUUUUAAAUGCUCUUUUUGUUUUUCUGACAGUAUUGUUGACUGGGUCAAAACAUUUAAGCUGUGGUUUGGUGGAUUUUAAAUUUUUUUUAAAGGUCAUUCUCUGUGCUAUCUUCAGAACCUUGGGUUUGGUCCUUUAAUUCCUUUGGCAUUCAAAUGUUUAAAAGCUAUUUAUCUUGGUUUAUACAAGGUUUUUCUCUUCUUUUUGUAAGGAUGAAGAUGUUAAAUUUGGUUUGCAGUUUGAAUGUAGAGAAAGUGAAGUGAUCCCCAAAUUUUUGUCUGCCCCCGCUUUUUUCCCAGUCCUACCAUGCCUUGUCUGGGCAGUAGAAGGCGUCCAGGGGCAAGUGACUACCCUCAUCAUCACUCUGGAGCCAAGAAGAAAAGCUGAAUGGUCUUAUGGCAUCCCAGAAUAAUUUGGGGUCUCCCAGGAACAAAGGCAUAAGAAUAGGACACAGCUGACUGGAUGAGGCCUGGAUGGGGAUAAGGGAGGAUUCCCCUCCAUUCUCUCCCUCUACCACUUAACCAGUCACAGCUUCUCCCAUCCUGCCCCUCUUCUUCUGAAAGUCUGUGCUGAGAAAACUCUCAUCUCCCAGGUCUCCCCACCAAAGCGAGAGUUCCCCUGAAAACUCCACCUCAACCACUAGAAGAAGGCCUCUGGCCCUUGUUCCUGUUAAUGAACCACUGAGUCUUCAUCCCCCAGUACGAGCUCCUUCCCUGUGCCUUCCAGCGUGGGGGCUGCGGGGCAGGCUAGGAAGCCAGCAGUUCCAGGGGCACAGCCCGAGGCAGUGCUCGAUGUCUCAUUAUUUAGCUCAGGGGUAACUGGUCUGUGGCACGUGCUACAAGUCGCCCCUGUGGCUGAGUGGCACUCCCUAGGUCCCCACUACAGGCAGCUUAUCCUCCCUGCUCCCUCUCCUGUUUCUCUUGCCUGUGUUUUAGGCCUCACACAGGUUCCCUGGUAGUGCUCAGGGCUUGGGACUAUGCUCCUGCCCUGCUUUCUCUUCACAGUCUGCCAGGGUCUGCCCAGAGAGGUGGACCAAAGACCCAGGACUUUUUCUCAGUAGCCAAUCCCACCCUCCUCUGUCUUUUUAUCAAGUUGAAGAGAGAAAAUUUCAGCAAUCCCCAGCAUUUGAGCUACUCAAAUGUUAGGGUCUAGAAGGGACGGUGUGUUUAAAACCACCCUCAGAAGGCUCUGGCCUUAGACCUGUGGCUCCCCCAGUUCCAGGGACCCCACUUCUUUCUGGCAGAAAUGUGGGGAGGGGGCUCCAACCUGAGCACAGGAAUCAAAGGGAAAACACAUUCAAACUGCCCCCAAAUCUACCAGCCAUCUGCAGGGGCUCUGUGACACAGCCCUGGCACCUUCUGAAACGUGACACUUACGAAGAGUGUCUCCAAAGGGAAGAGGAGACUUGGCUGUCCCUGGCGAUCGUUUGGAGGCUGGGGGAGGAAACUUCAGAGGAGUCCCUUCUCCUUGCUCAGAGCCAUUUUGGGAGGAAGUGGGGAACCAACAGCUUUUGGGGGUAAGGCCUGGUGCCACUCAGCACACCCAAGCAUCAGGUCAGGUCAUUGUAGUAAAAAAAAUGUGAAGUUUAGAUACAGCUUUUGGGGGAGCAGGAUAAACUACCACCCUACCACAUGUGUGUGACUUCUCAAUUUCCCAUUGCAGUUUCCAUUUUUUUAAAUAGGAAUUUUCAAACCCCUGUGCUUGUCUAAUGUCUGCUCGGAACAAUUCGAGACCCUGUUACUGUUUUAAGAUGCAUGCAUGUUAAAAGAUGAAUCUCCAACCCGAGGAAAAAAAUAAAACUCAAAAAAGCUUUGUGUA